ACAAGAAUGGAGGAUAACGCGUCAAUAGCUUGCCCACCCAUGCCUUUAGAGGUCGUGUGUGUGCAGCCAAGGCAAGAAAGUCUCAAGAAAAGUUGGUUAAUGAGGCCCUUUAAGGUUCAGUGUUUGGUGAGGACAUGUUUCGAGGAGGCAGCGAUUAGGCAUGCUGCUGAGGUACGCCGUGCCUCCCGGUUCCCCCCCACCACUACCGCCACCACCGUCACCACCACCGUCACCACCACCUCCAUUAUUACUGCCUUGACGUCACACACCUCCAGCAAGUGUGGCAAUCGGGUGGUUCCCACACAGCCCGUCAGGCCGACCGUGCAUGUCGCUGAGCCAUCCAUCUCCAUACGCAUCAACUCAAGACACUGGGAAGGAGAAACUGUAGUGAGAGGGAUCCAGGAAAUGCGCUCGCAGUUUCUCCAAUCGGGGACCAAGUCCUUCCCCAGCCAUCAUUCUCAAGCACAGCACCCUUCCCGCCCCCACCCUCUCCUGUCUAUCUCCCCGCCCAGAGAUGCGGCAACGAGGAGAGUAAGGCCCACCUGUUCGCUGCUCCAUCGGAGUGGUGGCCGAGGACAUGGGCGACAUCAGGUUCAAGAUCAGGAGGAUAUAUGGGUUGACAUAGAGAAAUUGUCUCCUCCUCGCACUACUUACCAUUUGUAUCGUUUGUCCGCCGAUGGCACUACCAGUGCCUUGCCAAUCACCGUCAUACCAUCGUCCACCAUACCACUUUACUCCACGAAUCCCACAAGCCAAGGAGCUCACGGCUUGUUGGUGGAUAAUGAAGAUUUCUCUUUUCAAAAUAAUUCCUCAGUUACCACAGGAAGGCAGCUUCAUUCCCUCGUCGUCAGUAAAGCACAGCAAGAUCACUUAUCAACUUCUCGUUUUAUAGAACAUCAGACAACCUCCUUCCAAACGUCACAACAGCUUGGUGACUCUAGCUUGGUGAGACAACCAUCCUCCCGUUUCCAUAGAAAACCCUUGGUAUUCACAACUCCCCAUGAGCAGAAAACGGGCAGUCCUGCAGAAACAACAGAAAACGUAACUGGUCUUGAGGACGAUGAUGUAGAGGUGAUAUCUAACGGUGAAGUGGACUUGAUUGAAAUUUCUAGUGAUUCUUCCCCUGAAGUGAAUAGCAAAGCAUCAAAAGUCAGGAGCACUUGUGAUGGGGAAUCAGAUUCUUCUCGAGUUUCAGCUGCUGCUUCACAAGCAAACUUAUGCAAAGCUUCGUUCUCAGCCAACACAAAUUCAAGUAAGCUGUUUACUAGUAAGGAUGAGGAGCUACCAGAUCUGACUAGCGCUCACUCACCCAUAAAACUUCUCUCUAAAGAUGACAGUAAGGUAGAGGAUAACCUGAGUGACGUGUCAACCACCAUGUUUGAGGACAUUCACUUUGAUGAAUGGGUAAAUGAGGUGUUAGAGAAUACAAGUAUGAGUAGUAGUGGGAGUACAGAAGUCUCUUCUAACUCCUUAGUUGACACUGUUGGUUCCCAAAAUCAGACAGAAAGAAAUAUCACUAUAGUCAAUGAUAAUAAUAAAAUGGUCGCAUCGUUCUGUGCUGAGCAGUGCUCGAUCUUAACGACUGGAGGAAAACAUAGUGAUACAGUCAAACAUAACGUUACAAAUCGCCCUCCAGACACAGAGGACAAGUCAAAGGAGUGGCCUACAGGACACAACGACACUAAUCCCCACCUAGAUGUACGAAAUGACCAAGACACUCACUUGACAAGCGAUAAAAGUAUAAUUGGGGACAAUGAGGCAAGAGAGACAGCACCAGUUUACCGUGCACAUGACGAAGAGACUAAGCUCACUAAAAAGGACAACAAAGAGCAAAUCACAGAUGGAGUAAGAGAGGCUGAGUCAGUUCACCAUGAACAUAGCGAGAACAUUAAAGUGAUUGAGGAGGAUAACUUCAAAGAUAUCACCAAUGAUCCACUGGAGACAAAGUUGGAGGAUGAGAUUACCUUGCAAAAAUAUGAUGUGGCAGUUAUGGAAAACGAAGCUGAAGGGAAAGUUCCUCUAGAAGCGACCCGAUCAGAAAUCACCAAAAAAGAGACCACAUCACGUGAGGAAAAUAAACUGUCUGCCAUAGCUAUUGGUCAGUCCGGGAGCAACAACAUCUCAAUUAGCAAUAUUUCCGAACACGCUUGUGUGGAGUCUUCUCCUUCAAAUUAUAUAACCACUGCAGUAGUAGGCGAAGUGGAGAACAGUCCUUCGUGGAACACCAAAGAAAAGAAUGCAGAUAUAGCCAGGAAUUUCUUGGAAAAUGAUAAGGCAUUGGAAGAAUCCAUAAGUUUUGUCUGUGGCUCGGAGAAGAGAAGAAAGCAGAUGGUAAAGACAAAAAUAAAAAAAAGGAAAAGAUCAGUGAAACUCAAGGAAAUUCAGAGAUUAGAGACUAUUUUGAGAAGACAUGACGAUGAUGAAGACUGUUUACAGGUAGUUGAUCCUUCCUGUACUCUCUUUGUAAGUGACGGGCAGCUGAUUGUGGCGAUGCAGGUACCCACAUCUACACCUAAGGAGAAUGGUAACGCGACAGAGAAGAGUGUUCGGACUGAGAGGGCUCCCCAACAGUCCAUUCAUUCACCCUCUUCAUCAAACUCUGUGCACUUCCACAUCAGCUCUCCAUUACAGUUACCAGCCGUCACUGCAGUCAGUCCUAAGGGAAUAAGCAGUACAUGUGAGAUGAAUGAACACCAGACAACGAAAAGUGAAACUAGAGAUGCUUUAUUAGAUAAGUCUAACCUUGAAAGCAAAGAACAAGUCAACAUGAAACGAGAAGCUAAUGAAGUACAUACGGGAUCUGGCAAAGUAACUCAAACAAGUGAAGAGCAUAGUGAAGAAACUAAUGAAGAUAAAAUAGAAGAAACUAUAGAUAGGGAAAAUGAAUUAAACCAUAUAUCAAAAUCCUUGAUAGAAAGGUUGAAAAGGUAUAAACAGAAUAAGAUCUAUGAAACAGAGGGUAUUCAAAACAGCGAAACAGAACCAAAAGAUGCAACAUGCUUUCCACUCAUUUGCACAAACAAAAUGCUUGCUGAAACCGCUGAAGAUACUGAGAAAGUGAAUUCUGGUAUGUUCAUUAGAGAUGAAACUUUAAGUGAGGCAAACAGAGGUUGUGAAAAUUCAACCGCAGCAAAAUUAAUAUCAGACACUGAACUAAACCAACAGUUAAAUGAAGCGCAUAAAGAAAACUGUGGCGCUGGAAAGGCCACUGAAGAAAAAUUGAACAUCCAAGGCAUGAGUUGUAAUUCACAGUCAGAGAACAUUAGACUGGCCGCUCUCUUACAAGAGACAGUAGAGAUAAAAACUAUACCUAAAUCUGUAUCUCAAACUGUAGAGGAAAGAACAAACCUUGAAAAAACAUCGGAAGAGGAGAAGAUAGUCGCCCCUGAAAUUAUGCAUGGAGAAGAGAAAGCUAUUACUCCUGAACAAGGUUCCGAAGUAAAAAAUGAAAUAGGAACGUUUGAACGAGUACAAGAGGAGAACAAUAGAAACCCAUCUGAAUACGUAUCUGUAGUAGAAGAUGAAUUUCCAUUUGGAGGAGAGAAGAUUCAAGGAACUGAGAAGUACCCAGUAGACAGCGUUGUAUUGAGUCAGCGUAAGGACGACGAUUGCACUAGAGAAGAAAUCAGGUUGGCGGUAGGGAGGAAUUCAAACAGCAGCAUCACCAGUAUAUCCCAACUUGCAGAAUGUUUCAUGUAUCUGAGACUGAAAGAACAACUAACUUGCCAAUUGACCCAGCUUCAUACUGAGCCCACUGUUUCAGCCAGUUCAAACAUUAACUCGAGUGUUGGUCUAGGUAAGUCUCAAACGCUAUGUUUCUCACCUGUUGUUCCUUUAAAUUCAGUCUCCCUUUGCCGCCGAAGAUACAUGGAUGCAUUGAAAGAUCUUGUGGAAGAGCUGAGGCUUAUGGGGGAGAGAAAUAAUAAUUUCAAGAGCAGAGAAGGAGGGGAUUCAUUAAAUAUAUUGCCAUUUGAUCCUGAACUCUUUCACACUGAUGACCAAAAGGCAUCCAUGAAGAGGAGUGAGAAAGAAGAAACUAAGGGAUUAAGAUUUAUACAAUGUGUCGCAGAAAUUCACUCCUGUGCAGAUGUGGAGAGUAAUGAAGAUGAUAAGCAGUUCAAGCUGCCACAGCUGACAAUGGAGAGUGAAAUCUUACGAAACGAUUCAAAACGAGAAGAAGAACGACACCAUGAAAUAACAGCAGAAACAGAAGCAGCAAACGUAGUAUUAAGCUCAAGGCAUGGGGAGCUUUAUGCAUAUAACACACAAAGGGAGGCAAGAUAUAUGAACAUAGAGAUCGAGGAAGCUUUAAACCGCUCACUGGAAGAUAUACCAGUAGUGAAGAUUAUAACAGAAGCUCAUAGUGGAAAAAUACCAGAACCUAUGAUCGAUGGAAUAGAGACAGGCGAGAGAGAAAUUAGUGUUCAUCUUUCAAGUAACAGCAUAAAAAAAUCUUGUGGAGAUUUAGGAAUCGAAUACAAGGGCAGUGCAUCUUCCACAGAGGUGGACAAUAGUAUAGAUUUAAAACAUUAUGACGUUCCUACUGUAAUGGAAAUCAAUGAAGAAAGACAUUUUGCUCAGGGGAGUAGGGAGUGCAAUACAGCUGGUGAGGAGGAUCUUGCGGCGAUGCCAUCACAGGGGAUUAAUGUCAAGGUCAUGAAAAGCAUUUCAGUUGAUUCAGUAUCUGAUCCGUGCCCUUCUUUGUCUGUCAGCAACUUUACUAAAAAAGCAGCAAUGAAGAUUAAUCAACUAUGUGCUGAGUCAAAUAAUUUAAGGUUCCAUCGGGAUGGUAGAAGACGCCCUGGAGAGUUCAACCGUAUCUUUGAGGACUUCAUGGAGACUGUUCAUUGUAAGAAAGAAGUUCAGGAGAAGCAAGUAGGCACUGUUUUACCUCUUGGUAACAAUAUAAUGCAAAGUCUUGACUCAGAACAGCACAUGGCCAAUGGGAAGGUAGAGGGAUCUUACUUUUCAUCCAGAGGGAAUGAUCCAUUGUUACCAAUGAACUGUACCCAGCCAUUGGAUUGUGGGAUGCACUCAGAGGUUUGUGUGACCCGAGGUGCAAAGAGUAGGGCUCAGUCACUGGAAAGUGAGAAACAACCAGCUAUAAGUGAGACACAGCUGUCGGCUAAUGGCAUCCAGCUAGCACUCUGUGAAACCCGGUCAGUAGCUUAUGACAUCCAGCCAGCAGUCUGUGGGACCCAUUCACCAGUUAGUGGAACCCAGCCAGCAGUUUAUGGAACCCAGCCAGCAGUUAGUGGAACCCAGCCAGCAGUUGGUAGAACCCAGCCAACAGUUUAUGGAAUCCAGCCAGCAGUUAGUGGAACCCAACUAGCAGUUGAUGGAACCCAGCCAGCUGUUGGUGGAACGCAGCCAGCAGUUAGUGAAGCCCAACCAGAAGUUAAUAGAAUCAAGCCAGCAGUUGGUUCAACCCAGCCAACAGUUGGUGGAACCCGGUCAGCAACUGGCAGAGUCCAGCCAGCUGUUGGUGGAAUACAGCCAGCAGUUGAUGGAGUCCAGCCAGCAGUUAAUGGAAUUCAGCCAGGAGCUGGUGGAACUCAGUCAGUUGUCUGUAGGACACAGUCAGCAGUUGGUGGAACUCGGUCAGCUGUCUGUGGGAUACAGUCAGCAGUUGGUGAAAUUCAGCCAACAGUUGAUGGAACACAACCAACAGUUAGUGCCACCCAGCCAGCAAUUGGUGAAAUCCAGUCAACAGUUGGUGGAACCCAGUCAGCUGUCUGUGGGACACGGCCAGCAGUUGUUAGAACCCGGCCAGCAGUUGAUGAGACCCAGCAAGCAGUGUGUGGGACACAACCAGGAAUUGGUGAAAGCCAGCUAGCUGUUUAUGUGACACAACCAGCAGUUGGUGGAAUCCAGCCAGGAGUUGGUGGAACUCAGCCAGCUUUCUGUGAGACACAGUCAGCAGUUGGUGGAAUCCAACCAGCAGUCUGUGGAACACAGCCAGAGACUUGUGAUACCCAAAUAGCAGUUUGUGAAAUUCAGUCAGCUGUUUGUAAGACGAAGCUAGUUUGUGGUACCCAACCGUGGUUUCAGGGCACACAAUCAACUCAUUUGCCUGCAAGUAUGGCUCUGCCAGCUGCCGUGAAUGUGAUUCGGUCAUCGGUUGGUUUGGAUCAGCCACCAGUUAGUGAGGCACAUCCCUCACCCAAAGACAUACAAUGGUCAUCCAGUGUCGAUCAAACAGCAACUCAUCAAACUCACUCAUCAAGCAACUGGACUCUGCAGUCAUCUGAAGUCAACCCGUCUCUAGCCAGUGAGGCUCAGUCUUCUGACUUGAAUUAUGGAAGGGAUGUCACCAGGGAGAGAGAAAGGAGAUACAGGGAGGAGUCUGCUGAUGAGGAGAUUGAGGUUGAGGGCUCUCAUGGCCGGAAGAGGAGGAGGAAAGCUCGUGUCACUACUCGUCACCACAUUGUCGAAGUGUCUCUCACAGGGAAAUACAAGGAGAGCCUUCGUAUGGUAGCAAUGGCUGGUGAGGCAUUUCUGUCCCCUCUUCGGAGUCAUAGUGUGAUGGGGCGCAGACAUGGGUUUGCUUCACUUCGGCCAGACCACACACGCUCCCUUCUCAAUCAAAUGGUUCGGACUAUGCGGGGACGAUGUCAAUCUUCUAGUGAAGAAAAAAAUUCAUAUUAUAAGAACCUGUUGGCGUUGCACGGCCUUAUCAAGGCGGCAGACCUCCUCCUACACUAUGGCUUCGAACCCGCUCUGCACUGCUUGGACCAGUUCCACCACACUCAUCACGUCUUUCUUGGAGACGUGGUGGCACGACUGGCAGCUGUGCAGGAGAGAGGUGGCGAGGGUGUGGUACAUCCUAAGGUCACCACCCUACGGCAGGAGAUGGAGAGGGCAAGGCAGCGUGAAGAUCCAGGAGACACAGAAUUUAAGGUGUUGGUUGUGGUGAAACGUGAGGCACAGUGGGUGUAUCAUCAGCUUCAGGAGGAAUUUGGAUCAGAUAAUGUUGCUCUUCUCUCUCGGUUGCCUGAGUAUGACCGUGUCCUCCACCUACUUGAGCAAAAGAGUGUGGUGGUGUGGGAAGAAGGGGAAGCACUGCACCAGUUGCCAUGCUCUCAGUUUAACCUGGUGGUGGAAUGGGAGGGCAGCAGUGGCUCCUCCAUUUGCGUUGAUCAUUGUACCCGCCAGAACAUCCAUGUAGUAUCGUUCAUUACACCUAGCCCAAGUGUUGGUGACAAAGAACCAGUCACAUGGAAUGGAGACGGAGACCAGCAAGAAGGCAAAGUCAGUAUCAAUAUUAGUAGGAAUGAAAACUUGGGAGAGAUAAUGAGCUAUAGGAGUUGUGGACAGAGGGACCCAGUGACUGUUGUGGCCAGCACUUCUGUCACUGCCAAUAAUGAGCUUCACUACAUCCUUACCUCUAUUUUCAAUAUCAAUUUGGUUGAGAGAAAUCCAAGGGAUGUUAUCAUAGAGGAAGGGAGGCAAGGCUGGACAGACCUUUUGUUGGAUGAAAGGACGUGUGUGUUGUUGCGACCACUUGCCACUCUCCGCUCUGAUGCUCAUCUGAAUGAGCUCACCUGUCAGCUAGUUCUUCUCUCCCUUCAGUGUACUACCUGUUACAUCAUCUUGUAUGCACAGCAGUCAAACAGCUCAGGGUAUGAGUUUCGGAGCAGUGUGAUGCGAGCCUUAACAGGCUGGUGGACAUGUGUGCUCUUUCGCUCUCCAGAAUACACUGUAUCACUCCUGCUAGCUUACAAUCUCCACCAGGUGGGAGAGUUGGUACGGAACCUGUGUGAGGCAACAGAGCCUCGUCACCAGUGUGGAACCCAGAGGAGUGGAAUACCCGUCCUUGGCUAA